AUUACAAGUUUUCGGCCCAUGGAAACGUUCAUCAUUUCCGCUCCUUCUCUUGCGUUUGCAAACGUUUUGGCUCGGGUUCAGAUGGCCCACAACUUUUAACAUACGGUGCCGAGCCAUGUCGCUGACAUCAAAAAUCAAGGAGAUUGAAGACACGGUGUCUGCGGGAAUCCACGAAGUCUAUUCUGGCCUAAACAGGCCGGACUACGAUGUCCCACCAGAACUUGGGGGUGAUUCACCUACGCAGAUCAAUUGGCUGGUCUUUCUGGUGAUAUUUUCAGUGGCCGCCUCAGUUGCGUUGGGCUUGCUUCUGGAUGCCCGGUGCCGCGGGAAAGUGAUGGAUGGAAGACCGAGGUUUUGGUCACUGCUUUUGUUGCUCACCAGCUAUUUGCUUUUGAUUCCAGGAUUAACAAACCCUGUGUUCAGCUUCAGCAUCAUCAUCAAUGUGAUUGGUCACAGGAAGACGGUCGAGCCAGAAGAAGGCCAUCCGGUUUGCACGGAAACGGCUUGGAGCUUGGCUCACCUUCUCUGGACCACCGGGUCCAGAAUUGGGGCCUUUCUGGUCAUCCUGUUCUCCAUGGUGAUACCUGCGCUUGAGCUUAUCAUGCUUGUCCUUGGUGAGAUGUUCCGCUUUACCUCCGCAAGAUGCGCCGAAGUGUUCCGAUAUGUUAUUAUGUGGGUUCAGCAUCGCUCCAAAUGGGCAUCUCCAGAUAUGUUUGCCUAUGUGCUCUUGGUGAACCUUGUGCGCACGAUCCAACAUGAUCCACUUAUUCUAGCGAGAGCAAGGCUGGAAAUCGGUUUUUCCUGCUUCAGCACUUUCGUGGUGACGGCCACCGUCUCGUCUUUGGGUAUUCCGCUGCCUCAGGUGAAGCAGGUUGAAGAUCGCCCCCAAGCACCGAUUGUGCUUCGCUACUUUGGUGAGAAAGGCGUCGCUUUGGUAGCAGGCUUGUUAGCAGUGGCCUUCGUGCCUCUUUUCCUCCAUGGGCUUUGCUCCCCUUGCAUGUCCUUUCACAUUGAGCCGAAGCAGCUUUUUCCGCCCUACGGACCGCUUCCGGAGUCCGCGAAGCCUGCGAUCGACAUUCUGGACCUGAAGGACCUGCUGUUUUCUGAGACGAGCAUUGUGACGUGCAUCAGAGACUACAUCGCCAGAAUCUCCAAAUGGGAGGCCAACACCUUCAUCUCGCUGGCUUUGCUGGUGGUUUGUGUCGUUGGUAGCACCAUGUUUGACAUGAUUUGCCUGGUUGUGGUUGCAUUCCAAUUUCUUUUGGACGGGGGGUACACCUCCAUGAAUUCCGGACAGUAUUUGAUAGACACAGCGCGAGUGCUGCGGAAGCUCUCGAUGCUGGAUGUAGCAAUGGUUGGAGUUUAUUUAGUCACCGUUUGCAUGUCAAUGUAUGCAAAGUAUGGAGUGGUUGUCUCCUUGGAAAAUGGCACGUGGAUCCUCUUGGCUGCGGAAGUGAUUCACGCGGUGACAUAUCACGUGGUGGAGUCUGCAUGCAGCCACAAAGAGAUGGAACGACAAGAGCUUGAAAUGGAGCCACUGUCAGAGGUGGCUCCGCCUUCUGGCUGCUGUUCUUCUAGACUUUCCGGAUUUUGGUUGCUGCCUCUGAAUUAUCCUUUCAGAGAAAAGUGACUCGCAAGUCAAUGUGCUUGUGAUCUGAGCCGAAAUGGCGUUGAAGAGGGCCCAAGGCUUUCUGGCAGGGGUUGCCAAGAAGGCAGCACUCAAGGAAA